AUGGCUCCCGCUCCCAUCGAUCCCGCUAUCACCGAUGUGGUACAACCACAGAAAGAUACUCUGCCACUCCCUGGUCCUGCUCGGGAACGGCUGUUGAAAGCAGGCAUAGAUCUGUCUAAUGGCUAUCCGUAUAGACCAUCUAGGCCUCUGUAUCUACAAGAUGUUUAUAAAAUUAGAAGCGCAGACAGGAAACACGUCGAUGCUGGAGCCAGGGCAGAUAAAUCUAAGAAGCAUCUAUUCGCUGCCGCGACUAAAAUCACUGAUUUGACAACCAACAUUGGCACCGAAAUCGAGGGCCUACAGUUGAAAGACCUCACUCCCGAGCAAAGGGACGAGCUUGCUUUGUUAAUUGCCGAGCGAAGCGUCGUCUUUUUCCGUAAUCAGGACAUUUCACCUCAACAGCAGAAAGAACUAGGAGAGUGGUAUGGGGAGGUUGAGAUUCAUCCUCAAGUGCCACAAGUUCCGGGAGUCGCAGGAGUAACAGUGAUCUGGCCUGACCUUCGAGCUACGGAGCAACCCCCAAAUUUCCGAAAGCCCGGAGGAGCAUCCAGCUGGCACACAGACCUUGUACAUGAACAUCAACCUGCAGGUAUUACUCACCUACACAAUGACACGGUGCCACCUAUUGGGGGAGACACUUUGUGGGCUAGUGGGUAUUCGGCAUACGAGAAACUCUCUCCCGAUUUCCGCAAGAUCAUCGACGGAAAAUACGCUGUGUACCGGUCUGCGCACCCAUAUCUAGAUCGAGAAAAUCCCGAAGCAGGACCCAAAUACGUCGAACGCACUCACCCGUUGGUGCGAGUUCAUCCGGCGACGGGAUGGAAGGCUCUCUGGGUGAACCGAUCGAUGACUGACCGCAUUGUUGGUCUCGAUAGAGCAGAGAGUGACGUUAUCCUAAACUACUUAUACGACGUGUAUGAGAAGAACGUUGAUAUCCAGCUUCGAUGGAAGUGGACACCCGGCACUUCAGUGCUGUGGGACAAUCGAAUCACCAUUCACAAUGCCAGUUGGGACUACGCCGGCAAACACCCUAGACAUGGAACGCGUGUGACAUCGCUCGCUGAGAAGCCCUACUUCGACCCUAAUGCACCAACGAGGCGACAAGCGCUUGGUCUCUUGGACGAGAGCGAAAAGCAAGAGCUGGGUUUGGAUUCGGUCUCUGGCAAAUUAAAUGAUUUUUCUUUGUAA